AUGAGUGAAAAAGCUACAGCUACUCUUUUAUGGGCCGAAAGACAAGAUCACAUCUACUUGACCGUAGAUGUUGUCGUAUCAAACGUCAAGGACGUCAAGUUUGAUCUCCAAGAAAAGUCAUUCUCUUUCUCUUGCGUUGCUGAAAACAAGACCUACUCUGCAAGCAUUGAAUUCUUUGGUGAAAUCAUCCCAUCUGAAUCAUCACACGAUUUCACAUCAAGAAAUCCAAAGUUCCUUAUCAAGAAGAAGGAAAGCGGAUAUUGGAACUAUUUGUUAAAUAAUAAGGCCAAGAGCUCAUUUGUCAAGGCCGAUUGGAAUACCUGGAAGGAUGAAGAUGACAGUGAAGGAGAGGGAGAAGACGAAAACCACUCUAAUUUCGGUAACUUUGAUGCUUCCAAGCUCGGUGCCAUGGGCGGCAUGGGUGGCUUUGGCGGUAUGGGCGGCUUUGGCGGCAUGGGCGGCAUGGGCGGCGAAGAAGACCAAUGGGAUGAAGAUGAUCUCGAUGACCUCGAAAAGGAUACCAAGAUUCAAGAAGAAGGUGAUUCCAAGAUGGACGAUGAUGAAGAAGAAGAACCAAAGGGAAAAAAGGGAACCAACAUCAACUCUGUAGAUUAG